AUGCUUAGUGCUGUUGCAGCACGAAGAGCGGCAAAGGCCGCUCAAUUAUCCGGAGACUUAGGCAUAGAUGCAGUUCAGUCUUCUCUUCGUCCUGCAGCACCUCCAGCAGCAGUACCAGAACUUGGCUCAAGCUCCGAAGACGAACCCGCUAUCCCAUCCCCAACUUCCUCCCCUGAAUCCCCGAAGAAAAGAAAACGGAAACCUAUACCAGAACAGAAGCCGCGAAAGAAAAGAAAGCCCUCUCCCGUUGAUGGCAUCGAUGAUGAGACGCGGCCUGCGUUCCCUCAGUAUACCCCAAGGGAGAGGGCGUAUUCGCCUGCCGCGCCGGUGGGGCUGGGGGACGACCUUGACGGGACCAUGGAUGUGCAAUUCGGGAUGGAUGAAGAAGACGAUGUUUUGAGUGAAGUGGAUGAGCUGCCUGAGCCUGCUCCAAUCAGGCCGCAGCGCCCCGCCCUCUCCUACCUGCCCGCUUCUACCUUCCUCCCUUCGUCUUCCUCAUUAUUAGAGCUUCCUCCUUCCGCAUUACCCCCUCUCAACCUCAAAUGCGACACUCCCGCCAUUCUUCUUGCACUAAAAGGCGGCGAGACGCUUGCCUUCGUUGGCACAUGCCGCCUUUUGGUCGUCAAGGGGAAGUUAGAACUGUUCGGAACUGUGCUCGAAGUGGACCGGGAAUGCACGACACACGAGAUCUAUGCUCCCAAAAGCCACACAAUUCCCGUCCUUACGGCACUCACUUCCUCAAAAUCGUCACGCACCCUCCCACUGCCGCCGGAUCUCGAAAAUCAAACCGCAACGGCAGAUGCCCUUGUCGUUCUUCAGGAACUGCACUCAAACAUCGAAGGCCUCGGCCGUAUUGUCACUCCAUUCUCUGGAGCUUUCUCCCCUCCAUCUCCUUCCUCGACAGCAGACUGGGGCCUUGCAGGAUUCUAUCCCCUCACGAGCAACACCCCUUUACACGGAUUCGUACUCCCGCCUUCUUGGGAGGGGGCGAUAAACGCGUUCCUCCCCUCGGAGAGCGACACGACGGAAGACCGAUUGAGAGGAAGAGUGGCGCUCGUUCGGGGGGUUAAGAACUCUGGCAAGAGUACCUUUGCCCGGUCGUUGCUGAAUCGCCUUACAAGCCGAUAUCAACAAGUUGUGUACCUCGAACUCGACCCCGGCCAAACCGAAUUCACAGCCCCAGGACUACUUUCUCUGCAUGUCCUUUCCCGCCCGGUGUUGGGUCCCUCCUUCUCCCACCCCCUUCCGCCAUACCGGGCUCACUACCUCGGUUCCUCCUCGCCCAAGUCUGACCCGGCACUCUACCUCACUGCUGUCGAAGCGCUCCUCCAGAGUUUCAGGCUGGAAUUACAGUUCCCUUCCGCUAUGGAAGUGGGGGAUGGGAGAGUUAGCGACGUAGUGCCCUUAGUGGUAAACACCAUGGGCUGGACAAAAGGCCUCGGUGCGCGUCUACUCGAGCAGGUGGAGCAACUCGUCCAGCCUACGCAUGUGUUUGAGUUCCCGGAUUCGGGCGAGACGGCGCACCCGCUAGAUCGGUUUUCGUCCUCCACCUUAACACCUACUGGCAACCGCGAUGACAGGCAAGUGUAUACCCUGGAGCCUGUUCAGCCCAGCCCACGGCUAUCAGCGUACAAUGCCCCUCUUCUCCGAGCUCUCAGUACGAUGUCCUACCUCCACUCGCACCCCCCGCAAGAAGGGCAAAGCACCCGGUGGUCCACCACACCGCUGUGUGCUCAGCUGCCAUACGAAGUCGACCUCCGCACCACAUUCGACAAGAUCGUCCUGCUCGGUCCUGGAUCGGAGGAUGUCGUGCCCGAAGAACUGGGGACGGUACUCAACGGCUCCCUGGUCACGUUCCUAGCCGUCGAUGACGGCUCGGAGCCCCUUCCCGCCCAUGACGGUCACUUGAUGCCGUAUGAGCAGCGCGCCCCUGCUCCUUCACCUUUCACUUCGCAUUGCCUAGGUCUCGGCGUGAUUCGUUCAUUCAACAGAGAGUCAGGCAAGGCACUUGUGCUCACCCCCGUCCCACUCUCGACACUCCCCAAAGCCAGAGUGCUGGUCAAGGGUGAGCUGGAACUCCCAAUCUGGGCAUUCCUCGACCCUAGGCAAGAAGAAGAACAGAGUGGGGUUGCUGGGGUAGAGUGGGAGAGGGUGCCCUAUCUAGAAUUCGGCGGUGUGAGGGGAGUUGGAGUCCUGCACUCGGUUGGGUCACUGUCCACGUCGCUCCACCUUGGGAGGACAUCGGGCCCUCGCGCAGAUGUCGCAGGAAUCGAACGCCUCGGACCCGAAAUUAUAGUUGGUAGACUGCUAGCGAGAUUUGGUACUGAGCGAACGUGA